CAGCUAUAAUAAUACCCUCGUAAAACCCUAAGUGAUUGUCCGUCUCCAUCUUCUUCUUCUCCCUCUUUCUCUCUGUCUGCAGCAGCUUCGAGUUACAUACAACUAAGAUAGAGACGUGAGAUAUUUGUGAAGAUGAUCUUACUAGUUGAGACACCGGCGGGUUUUGGACUCUUUAAAGUUAAAGAUGUUGGAAAGCUCUCCAACGUUGAGGAUUUGGGUAAAGAGUUUGACACUCCAGACUCAGCACGAAAGAUGGUUAAGCUAUUAGCUUUCGACAAGUUUGACAACACAUCUGAAGCUCUCGAAGCAGUUGCUAAGUUGCUGGAGGGAACGCCAAGCAAAGGUCUGCGCAAGUUUUUGAAAGCUAAUUGUGAAGGUGAAACCUUGGCUGUCGCGGAUUCAAAGCUUGGAAAUGUGAUCAAGGAGAAACUGAAAAUCGAGUGUGUUCACAACAAUGCUGUAAUGGAGCUUCUACGAGGUGUUAGAAGUCAGUUCACAGAACUCAUAUCUGGUUUGGGUGAUCAAGACAUGGCUCCUAUGAGAUUGGGGUUGUCUCACAGCCUUGCCAGAUAUAAGCUAAAGUUUAGUUCUGACAAGGUGGAUACCAUGAUUAUCCAAGCUAUCGGUUUGCUCGAUGAUCUUGACAAAGAACUAAACACAUACGCUAUGAGGGUUAGAGAGUGGUACGGAUGGCAUUUUCCUGAGCUUGCUAAGAUCAUAUCAGAUAAUAUCCUAUAUGCCAAAUCUGUUAAAUUGAUGGGAAACCGGAUUAAUGCUGCUAAACUUGACUUCUCUGAGAUCCUAGCUGAGGAAAUUGAGGCAGAUCUGAAGGAAGCAUCUGUGAUAUCAAUGGGAACAGAAGUCAGUGACCUUGACUUGUUGCACAUUCGGGAACUUUGUGACCAGGUUCUUUCUCUUGCUGAGUACAGAGCUCAGCUUUACGAUUACCUGAAGAGCAGAAUGAACACUGUCGCUCCCAAUCUGACUGCCCUGGUUGGAGAACUUGUUGGUGCACGUCUAAUUUCUCAUGGAGGUAGUUUAUUAAACCUCUCCAAGCAACCUGGAAGCACUGUUCAGAUUCUCGGAGCCGAGAAAGCUCUCUUUAGAGCUCUUAAGACCAAGCAUGCCACACCCAAGUACGGUUUGAUCUACCAUGCAUCCGUUGUUGGUCAAGCAGCACCAAAGCACAAGGGAAAGAUCUCGCGGUCCUUAGCUGCUAAGUCUGCUCUUGCUAUUAGGGUUGAUGCUCUUGGUGAUGGCCAAGAUAACACAAUGGGACUUGAAAACCGAGCUAAGCUUGAAGCAAGGUUGAGAAAUCUUGAAGGAAAAGAUUUAGGUCGUCUGUCUGGUUCAGCUAAAGGCAAACCUAAGAUUGAAGUUUAUGACAAGGAUAAGAAAAAGGGAUCUGGUGGUCUUAUCACUCCUGCUAAGACGUACAAUGCUGCUGCAGAUUCUCUUCUUGGGCAAACACCAGCUAAAUCUGAGGACGGUGAGGAGUCUUCGAAGAAGAAAGAUAAGAAAAAGAAGAAGAAGAAGGUGGAAGAAGAAGAAGAGGAACCAGAAAAGGAGGAACCAUCAAAGAAAAAGAAGAAGAAGAAAGCUGAAGCAGAAACUGAAGACGUAGUAGAGGUUGCAAAAGAGGAGAAGAAGAAUAAGAAGAAGAGAAAGCAUGAGGAAGAAGAAACGACUGAAACACCAGCCAAGAAGAAAGAUAAGAAAGAGAAGAAAAAGAAGAGUAAGGACUGAGAGAGAUUUAUCUCGAGUGUAUGAUUUUGUGAGAUCUCAUUAUUAUCUAGAGGAAUUAGCUGUUAAGGUGUUUACUUAUCUGUCUGAAAUCAUCAUUUUGAAUGAUGAAUUCAUAUUUAAAUCCUUUACCCUCAGACUUUAUAUUUUGUUCUCUAGUCUUCUAGAUGAUUAAUUCUG